UAUAUAGUAAUCAGACCUUGAGAGGGAAACACUGAUUUUUUCGUAGUACCAGUGUAUAAGCCCCUCGCUCACUGUAUAAUUCUUUUUCAUUCACCCCAUUUCUCUGUAUCUCAUAAUCCCGCAUCGUCAUGGCCACUUUUACUGACGAUGAAAUUCCGGUCAUUUCCCUUGAUGGAAUCGAAGACGAUGCCCACAUGGCCGCGGUGAAGAAGAAAAUCGUGGAGGCCUGCGAAGUGUGGGGAAUAUUCCAGGUGGUUGACCACGGUGUUGACCCCAAGCUUAUUGCCGACAUGGUUCGUCUCACCACCGAAUUCUACUAUUUUCCACCGGAAGAGAAGCUCCGAUUCGACAUGUCGGGCGGCAAGAGGGGCGGAUUCAUGAUCUCUACUCGACGACAGGGAGAUGUAGAAGAUUGGAGGGAAGUGGUAACGUUCUUUACAUAUCCGAGUAGAGAUCGGAAGUACUCGGAAUGGCCGGACAAACCGGAGGGUUGGAUCAAGAAGACGGAGGAGUUCAGUGAAAAGUUGAUGGAUUUGGCUUCCAAAAUAUUGGAAGUGUUGUCGGAAGCCAUGGAUAUGGAGAAGGGAGCUCUUAAGAAAGCUUGUGGAGAGUUGAAUCAAAAGAUAUUGACCAAUUUUUACCCCAAAUGUUCCAACACCGACCUCGAACUCGGCCUCCCUCGUCACACCGACCCUGGAACCAUUACUAUAUUAUUACAGGAUCAAGUGGGUGGUCUUCAAGCAACCAAAGAUGGGGCCAAGACAUGGAUCAACAUCCCACCAAUGGAAGGAGCUUUUGUAAUCAACAUUGGAGACCAUGGUCAUUAUCUUAGCAAUGGGAGGUUCAGGAGUGCGGAUCAUAGGGCAUUGGCGAACCCAAAGAGUGACAGAUUGUCGAUAGCUACGUUUCAGUAUCCGACACCGGAAGCCAUUGUUUAUCCAUUGAAGGUUGGUGAAGGGGAAAAGGCAGUGAUUGAGGAUCCCAUAAGCUUUGCAGAGAUGUAUAAGAAAAAGAUGAGCAAUGAACCUGUUCUUGCAAUGUUUAAUCAUAAAGGACAAAACAAACUCAAUCCUUCUACUUAGUUUAUUGCUUUAGUUAUAAUUGUGUUGUAAGCUCAACUUUUUAAUUUAGUUAUAUAUUUCCCUAAUAUUUAUGACUUUUUUAGUUCUCAA